UGUAAUAAAAUGUCCGAAGCGUCUAUAAAUGAUGAUUAUUCUGAGGGAGGCCUGAAAAGUGGCUCAGUGAAGAGCGAAUCUGAAGACAGUUUACUUGAUGAAGACUCAGAGCCAGGUCUCAGGUCUGCCCUGGCGCGACAACUGCUCGACGCCCUGACGCCGGCCGCGCUGAGCAAGCUACGUCGGACCUUCCGGAAAACCAAGGAAAGUUCACAGGACAUUGACAGACGCGUGGAAGAGGUGAUGCGGUUGGCAGCGGCGGAGGAAGGCAUCGAGUUCGCCCCCCCCGCCCCCCACACCUCGCUCGCGCUGUCCCUCGACCGGGAGGGCUUUGUAAAGGCUAUCAACAAUAUAUUCGGCCAGCAUAGAUACGAGCCUCAUGCCAACGCCUUAUUCAAUGCUCUGGACGGCUGGGGCGCCGGGCGCGUGUGGUGGCGGCAGUUGCUCGCCCGGCUCCUGCUCACGGCGCCGCCUCGGUGGACGCCACUGAAAGAUGUCGCUGUCAAGACACUGCAACACUGCAAGCGCGAGACGAUUGUUAAGAUGGUGACGAUCGAGACGAGCUCGUCGUUCUGCUACGCGGCGGUGUCGCGAGGCGGCCGCGUCGGCCUCUACGACGGCCGACUCAAGCUGUUGCACUCCUAUGAGGUGUUCUACGAUCGAACCGGAGUACGCAAACGCGUCAAAAACUGCUGGAUCACCGACGCUAUCUACAUGAGCGAUUCUCUCAGCUUCCUGCUCGCCGCGUCUGACCGCAGCCUUGCUGUUUACGAUGCAUCUACUCUUGCGCACGCUCUCCGCUACUGUAUCACUGGAUUACCGCAUAUCCCUACGUGUGUUGCGUACUUACCAUCCUCGUUGUCGGCCUACGCUGAGCUGGCUCUGGGCACAGCGCGCGGAGACAUCGUGCGCGUGCGCUUCCGACACGCGCUGCCCGCAGCUGAGACCACCACCGUCUACUUCUGGAGGGAGUUGUCGUCCCCUCCACACACCAGCUACAUCAGCAUCACCACCUGGCGGCGGGCGCACGCGCGCGCCGUGCGUCGCGUCGGCUUCUGCGGAAACGUUGUGUGGUCCUGCUCGCACGACGGGGAUGUGAGCGUGAGGGCACGACACAUGCCGGGGAAGCUGGACGACUACGUGUUCAAAGUACAGAGGGGUGUGAGCUGCUUCCACGUGGUGCCAGCCUUGCACAUGCUGGCAACAGGCAGUGCUGACGGCGCAGUCCGCCUAUGGGAUAUCACGCAGUCGAGUCCAUUCGCGAAGUUGCCGGCACCGGCGCGCGCAGCCGUGCUCGACGUCAAGGUCAUCGCGGACAUGGAGGUGGUCAUCGCCUUCUGUAACAACUGUUGGCUCCACAUCUGGGACCUAAACGAGGAAACUCUUCUGCAGACAAUAAAGAUCAAGUUCCCAUUCCUCGGGGUCCUAGGGAAGAAGGUGGAAUUCGGAGCCUACUGCAUCCACCCUGGGCCAGCUUUGAAAAAGACCAUCACAACAGAGUCGCCAAGCACCUCCCGAGGGUCUAGCGUGACGCGCAGCAGCUCAGGAGGCCUGCAACUUUUGGAGGAAGAGGAAGAAGAAAUCCAGGACACUAGAGACCUAGAGUACUCCCUGUCUCACCGCGCCGCAAUACUAGUGACCUGCUGUGACUGCGUUUGCACUAUCCCUCUAGCAGAGCCCGCCGAGCCCCGCCCUCCUCCAGGAGACACACUGCAAGCCCGUCGCCCGCACGCGUGGGACGUCCCCUUGCCCUCCACAGCACCGUCCACUCCUCGGCGCCACUCUCUGCGUCCUUCACAAUCUCUUCAGCCUUUAUACACGCCACGAUUAAGAACGCCAAGGCCACCAGGGGCCCACACACCACGCUCACGGACUCCUCGGUCCUCAGGGGUCCUUAGGCCCCUUGAGGACCACACACCACGGUCGCGAUCGCGGACGCCAUUCGACAAACUCCCGGAAUUGCCAGUUAAGUUGCCGGUUGAAGAUCUGGAUCUGGAAAAAUUGUUGGAGAAUGCAGGAUUACAGGGUAUCCUGGAGAAAGAUUUCGUGUUGAUGAAAGGACUAAAACACGAUUUGAACAUGAAAUUAGCUGAAAUGGAAGCCAAUAGAGAAACUGUAAGUAAAGAAACCAGUUUGCAACAGAAGUGUCAUCCCAUAUUUCGCUGCCUUUAA